CGCGGUUAUACAGGCGGUUAGAGACGGUUUACUCUGCGGAGAAAACAGGUAGGAGGCAGAUACACCUUGUCUGAAUCCGGAGACGAGCGAUCGUAUUUUUCGGUGCUUAUUAUCUAUCUCUACUUCCUCUUUCACCUUCAUUUCUUCAUCUACCCUACUAGGAUUGAGAAAGAUGGCGAUUCAAACUUCGGCUAGAUUGACCACUGCUCGUCUUCUCAAGCGGGCGGCCGUCCCCGCAUCUCGUCAGGGCCAGAGGCAAUUCAGCGCUGCAACCCCAGCAUUCAAGGAGAUUCAGGAUGCCUACAUCCUCAGUGGCUCACGAACCCCAACUGCUAAGUUUAAUGGAUCGUUCACCUCGGUCUCGGCCCCUGAACUGGGUGCUGUUGCUAUCAAGUCUGCUGUGUCGAAGUCGGGGAUUCCAGUCGAGAAAAUCACCGACGUAUACAUGGGAAAUGUUCUCCAAGGCGCACUAGGCCAGGCGCCCGCUCGCCAGGCCUCCAUCUUCGCUGGGUUGUCGCCAACAGUGGAAUCCAUGACAGUGAACAAAGUGUGUGCCUCGGGACUGAAGGCUGUAGCACUCGCUGCUCAGAAUAUCCAGCUCGGUUUGGCAGAUGCUCAAGUUGCUGGAGGAAUGGAGAACAUGUCCCGAGUCCCUUAUUAUCUCGCUCGUUCGAGUCAGCUUCCGCCGUUCGGGGAGAUCAAGUUGCAGGAUGGCUUGAUUAAGGAUGGCCUAUGGGAUGUCUACAACCAGUUCCAUAUGGGUAUCUGUGCCGAGACCACAGCCAAAAAGUAUGAGAUCACAAGGGAAGAGCAGGACCAAUAUGCAAUCCAGUCAUACCAGCGAGCCCAAAAGGCCUGGAGCGAGAAUAAAUUCGCCGAAGAGAUUGCCCCCGUCACUGUCAAGGGAAAGAAAGGUGAUACUGUUAUCGAACGUGACGAGGGAUACGAGAACCUGCGUAUCGAUAAGUUGCCUACCCUGAAGCCCGCCUUCCUGAGAGACGGUACUGGCACAGUGACCGCGGGUAAUGCGUCUACCAUGAAUGAUGGAGCAUCUGCUCUGGUCCUCGCUAACAAGGACCUGGCUCGCGAGUUUGCCCAGGGUAAUCGGGCCCUCGCACGCAUUGUAUCUAGUGCGGAUGCCGCUAUUGAUCCCGUAGACUUCCCCGUCGCCCCGGCGAAGGCAGUGCCAAUUGCCCUCGAGCGAGCUGGCAUCACUAAGGACCAGGUUGCCGUCUGGGAGUUCAACGAGGCAUUCGCUGCCGUUAUCAAAGCAAACGAGAAGAUCCUUGGACUGCAGAACGCCCGGGUCAAUCCUCUGGGAGGUGCUAUUUCUCUGGGACACGCACUUGGAAGCUCUGGCUCUCGCAUCUUGGUUACCCUUCUGCACCAGUUGCAGCCUGGUGAAUAUGGUGUGGCCGCGAUUUGUAAUGGCGGUGGUGCCGCUAGUGCAAUGGUUGUCCAGAAGUUGGACCGUGUCGACUAGAGUACCUGCGCAAUGGCACAUGGUAUUUCCUAUUUAUUUUGUGAUUUGAAAAGCGACAACCUUGAUGAAUUUAUACCCACAUAGGUAUGGACAAGAACUUGGCCAGCCAGGACCUCCACAUGUAUAUUUAGCCGAACCGAAAUUGAUGGUUAUAUAUCUCCCCGUGUUGCUUUUGCAAUUGCUCUUAUCGCCGCUUUUAGCAUUUUUUUUUUGUUGAAAAUCGUAGAUCUCAAUACACCA